AUGGAGCCCCAGAGGCAAGAGCCUGAAUUCCAGCGGUUUUACCACCGGUUACUGAGUCCGCUGUCACUGUUCCCCCGCAGGACACCGCCUCCAGAGCUUCCGAAGCGCCGCCCUCCCGAGGGUCGGAAAUUAGAGUCCGUACCGCUAGCGAAGCUGCGGGUGGCACCGCUGUGCCGCAAUGUAGCCAGGCUGCUGGCCAGCAGCGGACUGGCAGCGCGGGUGUCUCCCAAGGACCGGCUACGUCUCACGGAGGUCAUCCUAGACGAGCUAAAGUGCAGCUGGCAGGAGCCUCCUAGCGAACCUAGUCUGAGCUACGGGAACAACCUGAAGCUGCGGAAGCGCCUCGAGUCCUACGUGCUGCUCUGCUGCGAGCAGCUCUUCUUACGCUACUUGCACCUGCUAGUGACCAUGUCGACCUCCAAAGCGGUCUUCACUGAGUCAGCCACCCUCACCCGGUUGGCUGCCAGCCUUGCCAGGGACUGCACAGUCUUCCUCACCAGUCCCGCCGUCUACCGUGCCCUGCUCGCAGAUUUCCAGGCCCUGUUGAACCUGCAGCCCACGCAGAAAGGCGUGACCAGGCUGCGCCCUACUUGUCCCCCCGGAACUUUCAAGUUCUGUCCCAUCCCCUGGCCGCACAGCAUCGGCUUUGCCCAAGUGCCAUGUUCCAGCCUCAACCUGACCUAUCUCAUCCAUCUCAGUCGCCCAUCAGAGUUUUUCAUUGAGCCCAAACUGGAUCCCGUAAAGGAACUGAAGUCCAUUCCCAAGCUCAAGGGUAGAAAGCCUCUCCGUUGGCUGCCCUCCAUAAGAAAGGAGAAAGAAAUCGACUUCGAUUCCUCACAGGUGCCACUGCCUAGUCAUUCCGUAACUCCCACCAGUGAGUCUUCUGACUUCCUCCCUUCACGUGUCUUCUCCUGGCUCCAGAGAGGCCAGUCCAUGCCCUCUCUGUGUGAGGGCUGGAAACUAGCAGAUGAGAUGGGCCUCCCUCCACUCCCCUCUCGCCCCUUAACUCCCCUGAUUUUAGCUGCAGAAAGCAAACCAGAGUUGACUGAAGACAUUGUGGCUGAGGAUCUGAAGCAGAAGAUGAAGAAGUUGAACUCCGAGUGGAGGCGCCGCUCACCAGUAGACUCAGGCCUCCCUCCGCUCUUGGGAGUCCUGACCCACAGCAUUGCUGCAGAGCAACGCAUGAAGGAGCUACACAGAACUCUGAAGAACCUCCAGGAGGAAGAGGCCUCUGGGCUGUGGGAUCUCCAGCCCCCCAAAUCCUGUCCACUUCAACCACAACCAGCGACCAUUACUUUGAAGCUAAGGAAUCAAGUCGUGGUCCAAGUAGCUACUAUGAUGCUUUCUGAUAGAAACUUUUUGGACUCUUUCCAUGUCGAGGGUGCUGGAGUCCUGUACAACCACCUGAAUGGUGAACUAGACUCCAAAGUCAUUGAAGAUAUGGAUAUUGAUCGCUUCAUUGGCAGUAGCACCACGGAGAUCUACAAGGAGUUGAUGAGCUGUGUCUCUGCUAACCACUUCCGUUUUGACCAAGGAUCCUUGAUUGAGCCUACAGCAGAUGAAGACUGGUCAUCCAUCAUGUCCUCAGCCCUUCUACGCAAAGAAAAACAGUUUCACAUCAUCAACCCUGAUCUGACUGGGUUUUAUUCCCAGAGAACAAACACUCAGCAGUCCAAUCCUGAGAUGUCUUCUCCUGUAUUACUCCACCCGAGCAAAAGCUGGGAGAAGCAAGCAAACAAAACCUCAUGGCUGACUUGGUGGAAAAACACGGUGUCCGUGGAUGAUUAUUUCAACUAUCUCUCUAGCCAGGAGACAGAUUACCUCCAUGUCAUUUUCCACAUGUAUGAAGAAGAGGUUCCUGUGGAGGUGCUGGUCCCAGUCAAAGAUUCCCUAGAGAUUCCACGUCCUCCUCCCUUGUUGGAAGAUGAGGAACCAGAUUUUGUGCCAGGAGAGUGGGAUUGGAGCACAGUAAUGGACCACAGGCUAGAAACCAGAAAAAUCCACAUCCAGAGCCUGCAGAAAUGUCUGGAACGAUUGUGGUCCAUGUUUGAAGUCCCUGACAAGGGCCGGCUAGACAUGGUCAUCAAGUAUAGCUCUAAUGCCCGCUUGCAGCAGCUGCCAGUAUUGGUGAAGGCCUGGGAGCGAGUCCUGAAGCCCAUUCAGAUGCGGGAGAUGUUGCUGGGGAGACUGGAGUGGUUUGAGCGACAAGCCUCUGACCCCAACCGCUUCUUCCAGAAGACUGACUUGAGUCUCAGUCGCUUCCUGGAGGAGAGUCAGUUCCGCAGCCAGCUCCACAGGAAGCUCCAUCUAGUAGAGGCUCCUUUGGUUAAGCUCCUGGAGGAGAUUGAGUUAAUCUUUGGGGAGCCAGUGACCUUUAAGGGGAGGCGCUACCUGGACAAGAUGAAGCAGGACAGAGUGGAGAUGCUGUACUGGCUCCAACAGCAGCGACGGAUGCGACACCUGAUCUGGGCCCAGAAGGGUUCCCGCCACUCAUUCCUGUUCGGAAGGCGCAGCGGCUGGUCUUUAAUAGUCCCUGGGAAUACUCCCACUACCUAA